UUCCCUGUAAAAAAAAAGCAGAAACAUCGAUGGAGUUAGCUGGCAGGACCAUGGCUCCCCUCAUGUUAUAAUUUUCUCUGUUGUAGCCGUUGAAAUCAAGGGAACUUUUAGUGCAUGCAUGUUCCAGUAUGGCAGUAUUUGAUCCCCACUAUCAUGGAACUUUACAUGAGCUAACUUAGCUGGCCCAUUAAUCUUUUAAUAGCUCUGCUACUGAGCAGAAGCACUGUUGAAGGAUCCAAAAAGGGAUUCUGUUAGGUCUCAUACUAUAUUACUACAUGACCACCCCGAAUUAACUGGGUGUACUCUAACUGGGACAUUUGGCGAUUUUCCUCUGUUAUUCUUCCUACUAAAUAUUUAUCACUUCCAGAAGAAAACUAUGAAGUGUUCAAUCAAUGGGAAUAUCAGAUAGGCUAGCUAAUGUGGCCAAAGUGGUCUGUGGUGGUAUUGUUCAGAUAGCAGGGGCAAGCAUUCUAACUGGUCUUGUAGAGCACUACCAAAAUUAGAGCGCAGAAAGCGUUGAUAGAAUAACAAUAAUGUAUGCAUUUUGAUUUUUUUCAAUUUAAAUAACAUAUACUUUAAUCUCAGGUUCAACAGUAGCAGCUGCAAGCUUACUUGUUCUAUGUAUUUGUGUGCUGAUAUGGUUUCUCCUUGGCACAAAGACUAUGUACACCACUGAAAGGAACACUGAUAUGGUUUCUCUAAUAGUAUCAUAUGGAUCCCUAGCUCCAAAAAGAUACAAGUACACAGAGGUAGCGAAUAUAAUUUCUUCUCUCAAUAAUAAGCUUGGAGAAGGUGGUUAUGGAACAGUUUUCAAAGGAAGGCUAUAUGACGGUCGCCUGGUUGCUGUGAAAUUCUUGCAUGAGUGCAAAGGAAAUGGUGAUGAAUUUGUGAACGAGGUUAUGAGCAUCGGAAGGACAUCUCAUGUUAAUAUUGUCAGCCUAUUUGGGUUUUGUUUGGAGCGCACAAAAAGAGCUCUUAUAUACGAGUACAUGCCUAAUGGUUCUUUGGAUCGGUAUAUUUAUUCUGAGAACCCCAAAGAAACCUUAGGUUGGCAAAAGCUCUAUACAAUAGCAAUUGGGAUUGCUCGUGGCCUAGAAUACUUGCACCAUAGUUGUAAUACACGGAUUGUCCACUUUGAUAUCAAGCCUCAAAACAUCCUUCUAGAUCAAGACUUUUGCCCAAAGAUUGCUGAUUUUGGUUUAGCUAAAUUGUGUCAUACCAAGGAGAGUAAGCUUUCAAUGACCGGUGCUAGAGGAACAAUUGGAUUCAUUGCUCCUGAAGUUUAUUCUCGAACCUUUGGAGUUGUUUCAACAAAAUCAGAUGUUUAUAGUUAUGGAAUGAUGUUGCUAGAGAUGGUUGGAGGCAGAAAAAAUGUGAAAUCAAUGGCUCAAAAGUCAAGUGAAAAGUAUUUUCCACACUGGAUUUAUGACCACUUUACCAAAGAUGAUGGAUUACAGGCUUGUGAGGUCACAAGUGAGGUUGAUGAAAUUGCCAAAAAGAUGACUUUGAUCGGUUUUUGGUGCAUACAAGUAUUGCCUAUGCAUCGUCCGACAAUAACCAAGGUUUUAGAAAUGUUUGAAAAAGGAUUAGACAGUUUGGACAUGCCCCCAAAACAAAACUUCAGCCAAAUACUCGAAGAUUCAGUAUACAGUUUGGAUACAGAAAGCAGGAGUCCCAGCAGUUCUACCAAACCACAAGGUUCUUUUGAGGAGAUAAACCUUGGGAAUGGGAAAAUUCUAUGACAGAUGUAAAACGAACACUUCAGAGAAAGCGAGAGGCAUGCUAUUUUAGCUCAGAACAUAUCCCUGUAAUAGUCUGUAUAUACACCUGCUGUGUAUAAGCGAGGAGGUACAAGUCUUAAAUUACUAUGAUUUUUUAAGAAAAAGGUAAAACGCUACUAUCCUACAACAGUACUCUCUAUCUUGCAUAUGAUGUCAUACAUAGUACGACCGAAGGGGGGUUUCUUUAGACAAAAUAUUAUCAAAUUAAUAUCCUCGUUGAUUGCCAGUUUGUUGCUUUUCCUUUACUCAUGCAGCACUAUCCAUAUAUGGUUGCGUAAUAUCCAGAGAUUACCAGUA